CAGUCGCAAAGACCUGGCGCGCAAACGAGGCCGGGGCCUCGCGGGGCCGGAAGCACGAAAUGGGGACCAAGAUGGCGGAUUUCGGUUCCCCUCAGAAGCUGUCAGGGGUUCCUCCGCCCGAGGGGAUGGGAGGAGGCCGCUGCUCGGAAGUCUCUACCGAGCUCAUUCGCUCUCUGACGGAGCUGCAGGAGCUAGAGGCUGUAUACGAACGGCUGUGCGGCGAGGAGAAAGUGGUAGAGAGAGAAUUGGAUGCUCUUUUGGAACAGCAAAACACCAUUGAAAGUAAAAUGGUCACUCUCCACCGAAUGGGUCCCAACCUGCAGUUGAUUGAAGGAGAUGCAAAGCAGCUAGCUGGAAUGAUCACCUUUACCUGCAACCUAGCUGAGAAUGUAUCCAGCAAAGUCCGUCAGCUUGACUUGGCCAAGAACCGCCUCUAUCAAGCCAUUCAGAGAGCUGAUGAUAUCUUGGACCUGAAGUUCUGCAUGGAUGGAGUUCAGACUGCUUUGAGGAAUGAAGAUUAUGAGCAGGCUGCGGCCCACAUUCAUCGCUACUUGUGCCUGGACAAGUCAGUCAUUGAGCUCAGUCGACAGGGCAAAGAAGGCAGCAUGAUUGAUGCCAACCUGAAAUUGCUGCAGGAAGCUGAGCAGCGUCUCAAAGCCAUUGUAACAGAAAAGUUUGCCAUCGCUACUAAGGAAGGGGAUCUGCCCCAGGUGGAGCGCUUCUUCAAGAUCUUCCCACUGCUGGGUCUGCAUGAGGAGGGAUUAAGCAAGUUCUCAGAAUACCUUUGCAAGCAGGUGGCCAGUAAAGCAGAGGAGAAUCUGCUGUUGGUGCUGGGGACAGACAUGAGUGAUCGGAGAGCAGCAGUCAUCUUUGCAGAUACACUCACUCUCCUUUUUGAAGGUAUUGCCCGCAUUGUGGAGACCCACCAACCAAUAGUGGAGACCUAUUAUGGGCCAGGGAGACUUUAUACCCUGAUAAAAUACCUGCAGGUAGAAUGUGACAGACAAGUGGAGAAGGUGGUGGACAAGUUCAUCAAGCAGAGGGACUACCAUCAGCAGUUCCGGCAUGUCCAGAACAGCUUGAUGAGAAAUUCUACAACAGAAAAAAGAGAACCAAGGGAACUGGACCCUAUCCUGACUGAGGUCACCCUCAUGAAUGCCCGCAGUGAGCUGUACUUACGCUUCCUCAGGAAGAGGAUCAGCUCUGAUUUCGAGGUGGGGGACUCCAUGGCCUCAGAAGAAGUAAAGCAAGAGCACCAGAAGUGCCUGGACAAGCUCCUCAAUAACUGCCUGUUAAGCUGCACCAUGCAGGAGCUAAUUGGCUUCUAUAUCACCAUGGAGGAGUACUUCAUGAGGGAGACUGUCAACAAGGCUGUGGCUCUGGACACCUAUGAGAAAGGCCAGUUGACGUCCAGCAUGGUGGAUGAUGUCUUCUACAUUGUUAAGAAGUGCAUUGGGCGGGCUCUGUCUAGCUCCAGCAUCGACUGUCUCUGUGCCAUGAUCAACCUUGCUACCACAGAGCUGGAGUCUGACUUCAGGGAUGUUCUGUGUAACAAGCUGCGGAUGGGAUUCCCGGCCACCACCUUACAGGACAUCCAGCGCGGGGUGACGAGUGCCGUGAACAUCAUGCACAGCAGCCUCCAGCAAGGCAAAUUUGACACAAAAGGCAUUGAGAGCACUGACGAGGCUAAGCUGUCCUUCCUGCCCCGCUCUGAGCCUCAGGAGUACAGCUGUCAGCCAGUCAGCCAGCCUGCACUGAAGUGGAUACAGACACCGGUGAGCAGGAAGUCACAUUCUUCUGUCCUCAUCUCCCAGGUGACCCUGAACAACGUGGAAGUGUGCAGUGAGAACAUCUCCACACUGAAGAAGACGCUGGAGAGUGACUGCACCAAGUUGUUCAGCCAGGGCAUUGGAGGGGAGCAGGCCCAGGCCAAGUUUGACAGCUGCCUUUCUGACUUGGCUGCCGUGUCCAGCAAAUUCCGAGACCUCUUACAGGAAGGGCUGACAGAGCUAAACAGCACAGCCAUCAAGCCGCAGGUGCAGCCUUGGAUCAACACCUUCUUAUCUGUCUCCCACAACAUCGAGGAGGAAGAGUUCAAUGACUAUGAGGCCAAUGACCCUUGGGUACAACAGUUCAUCCUUAACCUGGAGCAACAAAUGGCGGAGUUCAAGGCCAGCCUGUCCCCAGUCAUCUAUGACAGCCUGACCGGCCUCAUGACCAGCCUUAUUGCAGUCGAGUUGGAGAGAGUGGUGCUGAAAUCCACCUUUAACCGGCUGGGCGGUCUGCAGUUUGAUAAGGAGCUGAGGUCACUCAUCGCCUACCUUACCACAGUGACCACCUGGACCAUCCGAGACAAGUUUGCCCGGCUCUCCCAGAUGGCCACGAUCCUCAAUCUGGAGCGGGUCACGGAGAUCCUAGAUUACUGGGGCGCCAACUCUGGCCCACUGACGUGGCGCCUCACCCCUGCCGAAGUACGCCAGGUGCUGGCUCUGCGCAUGGACUUCCGCAGCGAAGACAUCAAGAGGCUGCGCCUGUAGCUGCCAGGGGGCGCCCACCUGGCCCGUCAUUCUUCAGGCCCCUUCCCUAAGUGGCCACCGCCAAGUAGCUGAGCAAGGCUGUCUGGCUUGGGGAGCUCUGACGGAGCAGACUUCCACUGCAGACAGCAGGAAAUAAGGCUCAACUCACUCUGCUGUCUGCACUCAGGCCUGUCUGGGUGGUGCUUUGCAGGUAGCCUCUCCCUACCAAGAGAGGUCAGUCCCCCUGGGCGCCUAAUUAUGUGGGAAAGCCAAGGCAGGCCAGCUUUCUGCACAGGUGGCCAUUCUGUUCUCAGACACUACAGCAAACAACCUGCCUCCCUGCCAGCCCUAAAGGAAUUGGGUAUAUCUGGGGCCCUGGGGAAUUAGGUUUACUCUGAGGAGAGGCUAUGAUGUUUAUGAUCACCCUGAAUAAAGACACUCCUUGGAGAGA